AGGGUUCUCUCGGACCAAUGGACGUUUAGGACGCAGAGGCUGAGCUUAUAAAUGACAAGGUGACAGUUUGUCUCAGCCUACAUUCAUUGACUACCGCUGUGUGCGAGAGCAGCUAAUCCCGGACCCUCCGAAAGCCCGAACUAACCGGUUCCAGCCAUGUACGCCUGCGCCAAGUUUGUCACCUCACCUGCUGUGCUGCGAGGAGGGUCCAGAGUCCUCGCCCGGCCAGUCUCAGUCUCCCUCUUCAACAGACCUGAAGCCUCAGUAGAGCAGCAGGCCUUGUUGCCACUCAGUCAAUCUGUAGUCGCAACUCGCUCCUUCCAGACCAGCGCUGUUUCCCGAGACAUCGACACUGCCGCCAAGUUCAUUGGUGCUGGUGCUGCCACAGUGGGUGUGGCCGGCUCAGGAGCUGGAAUCGGAACAGUGUUCGGCAGCCUCAUCAUUGGCUAUGCCAGGAACCCCUCCCUGAAGCAGCAGCUCUUCUCCUAUGCCAUCCUGGGCUUUGCUCUGUCUGAGGCUAUGGGUCUCUUCUGUCUGAUGGUGGCGUUCCUCAUCCUGUUCGCCAUGUAAAUGUGGAAGCACACCCACACCUCUCUUCCCUUCACUUGUACCUCCUUGCCCUCCUAUCUCCUUUCCCCUCCCUGCUCCCUUCUCCCUCCCUCCCUUCCUUCCAUCUGAAGAGGUGGGGCGGAGGGUUUCCAGAACGGGAACUCUGAACGAGCUGAUGGGCCAUUCCAAUCAACAGGGGGAAAAACAAUAUUAAAGAUCUGAGGUUAACAAACCUCCAAUCCUACAUUUUUAUGUUCCUACGCUUAUUUUUGUUUUUCUGAAGUUGUAUGUAAGACCUCACUUCGGUUGAAAAAAUCUGUCCAGAAUAAAUGGUUGGGAUAACUAAGCUA